AUGGGAUUUCUUAUUGUUUCUGCUCUUUGCCCUUUGCCCUUUGCCCCUUUGCUCUCGCUACUCUACUCUAUUCCCUCCCCUCUUUCUUCGACGCAUAAACGUUGGGAUAUGAUCCGACUUUGCUGUCUACAAGCAAAGUAA